UCAUUGGCUUAGUGUGAAACGUAAACCCUGGUGACAAAUCAUCAAAACUUUUUUGUGUUCUUUUCAACAAAUUUUGCCACAAAUUAUUUUCUGAAACUUCUACGAUUUUUGUUGAGUUUUUAAGUGUUUUGUUUAAUUCUCGUGCAAAAUUGGACGGUCCGUAAAAGUCGAUUUCAAAAUAAAUAAAGUAUAUUUAGAUAAACGCUUGCGAAAAGAGUGAGUUGAACGGGUGCGGACAUACAAUAUCAAGGAAUUUUGCAAUUGCGGACGACGAAGUCGGUAACGAGCUAAGAUAGUGAAGAAAUCUCGAAACUGCAAGCUACCAGUCCGCACAACUAGAAAAUAGUAAAGCAAAAUGGUUGAUAAAUUCAUAAGCAUGUGGAAGGUGCGCGAAUUGGCUGAUAAAGUCACCAAUGUCGUUAUGAAUUAUACGGAAAUCGAAGGAAAAGUACGAGAAGCCACAAAUGAUGAUCCGUGGGGACCCACCGGGCCUUUAAUGCAGGAAUUAGCGCAUUCAACUUUCUCAUAUGAGAGCUUUCCCGAAGUGAUGUCGAUGUUGUGGAAGCGCAUGUUACAAGACAAUAAAUCGAAUUGGCGACGAACCUAUAAGAGCUUACUGUUAUUGAAUUAUUUGGUACGUAAUGGUUCCGAGCGCGUAGUGACGUCCUCUCGCGAACACAUUUAUGACCUACGGUCGCUGGAAAACUACACAUUCACCGAUGAAGGUGGCAAGGAUCAGGGUAUUAAUGUUAGACAUAAGGUUAGAGAAUUAAUAGACUUUAUACAGGACGACGAUCGACUACGCGAGGAACGGAAAAAGGCAAAAAAGAAUAAAGAUAAGUACAUCGGCAUGAGCAGCGAUGCAAUGGGUAUGCGCAGCAUAAGCGCACAAAGCAGCGGUUAUAAUGAUUGGCGUGCGCAGCGUAGCGAUUUCGGCGACAAUUGGUACUCAGACGCGCGUGGUGGUGAUCGCUACGAAGACGAGGAUGCACAGUACGAAGGCGAACGGGAGUACUCUGAUAGUGAUUCUCCCAGUCCGCGGAGAGCGUAUCGCUAUAAUGAUCGAUCGAGUCCCGCUGAAAUCGGCACUGACGCUAAGCCGAAUUCCAUUAGCAUGAAUAUACGUCCCAAAUCUGCGUCAAGCAGCACUGCAUCUAGCAUCACAAAGCAAACAGCGGCGAAGCCGCCUGUUGGUUCCAAAAAAAUCGACAUGGGAGCUGCAGCAAACUUUGGUAAGAUGUCGCCUUCUGCAGCUGGUAUACAUUCGCCUACGCAUCGGGAUACACCAAUCGGUGGUGGAGAUGAUUUGAUUGGUGGCAGUGGCGGGGGCAGUGGGGCAUCAGUUCUUAAUAACAACCUUUCAAGUGUACAACAACAAAGCAAUAGCAACAAUAAUAACAAUACCUUAAUUGAUGAUAUCUUCAAAACGUGCGCGGCGCCAAAUGAUAAAACUUUGACUAGUGCUGCUCUUGCGGCCGAUGAUUUCGACGACUUUAAUCCGCGCGCAAUAGAAACAAAGCAAUCACAGGAGUUUGGUGAUUUCUCCUCGGCCUUUGGUAGUGGUGCCGUACCGGAACCGCCUUCGGCGAAUAUUGCGGCAGCCUCCACCGAUGAAUUUGCAGACUUUUCAGCAUUCCAAGGAAGUGCAACUUCAAACAGUCUAAGCGGAAUAGAUAACAAUUUGCUAACGACGGCAGCUCCAACUAACGAAUCGUUUGAUUUGUUUAGAGGUGCCACGACAGCAGCGACUGGUGCUUCAACAUCCACCGAUCUUUUGGCUGGCCUGGGUGACUUGUCCAUUCAUCAAAGCAUGCCAAUGGACAAUAUUCUGCCACCAAUUUCAGGCGACAACAACAAUCUACUACAACCCAUUAGCGCUAACAACAUCAAUCAGCAGCUGCAACAACAAACACCGGGCGCUGCUACAAAUACCAGUACGCCUUCAAUGGCCGCACAAAAUGUCGGCGCCACUUGGUCCGAUAAUUUGAAGGCUGGUAAUCUGAAAAUCGAUCUAGAUAACUUAUUGAACAGCAAAUCUAACAAGCUCAACACGCCAGCACUAUCGAUGAAUGCGUUGAAAACACAAAGUCCCACAAAACAGAUAGGUAGUGGUAACAACAUUAGUAACAACAAUGCGCCAUUGGCGGUACAAACAUCCAGUUUUAAUGCAUUUGGAGGCAUUUCUCCGUUGACUAGUCCCACUUUUGGUGCGCCAGCCGCUGCUGCACAAUUAUCCGCAGGUCUCCCAACUGCCACAAUGGGCAUGCCAGGCGGCGCCUUCUUUUCCGCUACACAACAAAACAUUCCACCGCAAUCACAACAACCAACGGCAACUGCAGCAACGCAGAUGUUUGCCAAUUUUAGUGCAAUGAAUUUGGCACAGCCACAACAAUCAAAAAGCGGGGGCAACAACAACAACAAUAAUCAAUUGCAGACGCAAGCCUUCGACAUAUUCCAAUGAUAUCUAAUAACUUAAAAGAAUCACGUAUUAUUUGCUGUAUAGUUUUGAUAUUUGUAUGCAGUCUUAUUUUUAUUUUUCGUUUAUGUUUUUUCCAAUUAUUAUGAUGACCUACGUGCGCCGAUUGUCUGUAUUAGGUGAAGUAUUGCAGUAUUUGACUGUUAAUAUUUUCUUAAUGAAAUUUGUAAGCAAUUCAUUAAAUGAAAUAAAAUGUAAACGUUCGCAUAAGCAAUUAGGUACUAAAAUUGUUUGUCUAUUACAUACCUGUAUAUUACAUACAUAUAUAUAGUACAUAUAUUGGAUUUACUGAAUGUGCUGUUGUCUACUACUUUUUGAGUUUUAAUUGUUAAUUAUUGCAAUAAAUAUGGAUGUUAUAUACAUAGGAUCGUAUUCUAUACAAUACUAUAAAAUAUUCUAUGAAAAAUUUGUAAUAACAUUCGAAAAGUUACAUAAUAUUAAACACAAAUUUGUAUUUAGUGAAUAAAAUGCAUUAAUUGAAUAUACGAGGAAGUAAAUUUAUGAAAAAUUGAACCUUACUUAAUUAUUAUUUUUUUUUUUUUUGCGGAUGUUUCAAAGCGAAUGCGAUAUACAUUUGUACAUACAUAUCUGUAAUUUUGUUGACACACCAACGUAAUUGCAUUUAGCAAUUUUUAAAUUUUAGAUCUAGGCGCUUGAGCUGAUAUUUCGUAAUAAUAUUAAAAUUUUAAUUGACGUUUUUUUAGAUCAGUUUCAAAACUGUAACUGUGAAUGAUUAUUAGUUUAAAUAUUCCUUUAAAAAAUUGAUUUAAUUUGAUGUGAGAAAGAGCAAAUUCGAUUAAAGUUGUUUUAGUAAAAGAUAGUUUUGUACGGCUAAAUAUUUUUAUAUGCAUAUACUAUAUGUACAUAAGGAUAUGUGCGUGCUAUAUGUAUCGGCCGUUUUUUUUAGCUGCAUGAGAACUAUUGAUAUGUUGUUGUUAUAGCAGCAUAAACGUUCCCCAUACAUGCACGGGGAGUGCUGCUGGAAUGACAGUCCUUGGUCGGAUAUAAAUCCAGGUCGUGCGGGCAACGUAGAACAGACUGUGAGAACGAUAACUAUUGGCCGCUGAGAAUGGCAAACUGUGUUGAGAUUUCCGCUCAGAAAGGUUUGGAAAGUCAUCAUGAAUCGUUUAACGACAGAACAAUGCUUCCAAAUUGUGGAAAUUACUUUGCAAAAAGAAACCUGUUCGCAAUGUUCAUAAAACACUGAGCCGUCGGUCCUUAUUUUUUUCUAAAUGAGGAAGGAGCUACCGUUACGGUGCAUGACGAGCGCUUUCGAGCCAUGCUGACUAAAUUUUUGUUUUCCAAUAUUAAUCAGCUAAAUAUCGGCGGCAUUUGGUUCCAACAAGAUGACACACCUUGCCAUACAACGUGCUUAACAAUCGGUUUAUUACAAUAUUCAAGCCAGCAUUGACGCCAUACAGCCAGAUGUAUUGGAAGAGAUAGUCAAAAAUUGGACUGAUCGAAUGGACCAUGUAACUCGAAGCAGCGGCGGGCAUACACCGGAUAUGAAAAAGUAAAUUCCAUGAAAUUAUCUACCAGAUUAUAAUAAAAAAAAAUCAUUCCAACAAUAUUUCUGUUUUGCACAUCAUUUUACGUUCUCAAUCUCUUAAAAAAACACCCGAUACCUAUAAGCAUAGAUAAAAAAAACAUAAAACCGUUGCUUUUCAUUAAUAUCUGUGAAAUAACUAAUAAUACCGAACUAGCUCUUUCUGCCGAGCCUAAGAUUUUGUUAAAAAAAUUUUAAGUAUGUAUGGGAAUUUUUUGUUUGUGUUUGUAGAGUACGCCUUUCACAAUAAAAUUUUAGUAGGAAAAUGUGUCUCAAAACUUAAGUACCAAAAGUUAUUCUUGUGGAAACAGCAUAAAACAGUAAACAACAUAUUUUGGGGCUCAUCGAACCUAACAAGUAGAACAAAUACUAGACCCGGCCAAAUAUAGGUAGGUCUUAAACGACAUUCACCCGGAUUUAUAUCCGGUCAAGGACGGUCCCUCCAGCAGCAUGCCCCGUUCAUGUAUGGGGAAUAUAUAUGCUGUUACAAAAACAACAGACCGCUUAACACCACACUUUCUUUGCCUCACCCUGUCAAAACAGUUUGUGUCCUCAGCCUAGCGUUAUAUGAGAUCUCCAAUUACAACUGUUGUUUGCGUAAAUCUAAAAGCUGCUACAAUAAAAACCAAAUUGUAAUAAUAUUGAUGGCCUGUCCUUUUCCAAACACGUGAAAGUAUCGAGUCGUUCCCAACUACUACAGAAGGGUCGAAAGUGGUGGAAACAAAUAAGAGUAUGUAGUUCGUGUAUUCCAAAUACCCUAUGUGUAUUCAAGCCACUGGAGAUAUGAGUAGGAAAUCUAUAUAUAUAUAUAUAGUUUUAUGCCGUAUCCGAACAGCGUUUUUUGUGAGGAACUUUUUCAUUUUGAAUAUAAUGAAUAUAAAAGGGCUUGCUUACUUCAAAAAGUCACAUGCGCUCGAAGGGCGAAAAUAUGUACUAAAAAUAUCAAGUAAAUAAAUAAAAAUAAAUAAUUGGCGCGUACACUUCUGUUAGGUGUUUGGCCGAGCUCCUCCUCCUAUUUGUGGUGUGCGUCUUGAUGUUGUUCCACAAAUAUCAAGUACAAAUUUUUAAUUGAAUCCUCUUUUCAAACGCUAUGGAAUAGUUUAAAUCGGUUUCUUUUUAGCAAAAAGCUUUACAAAGCACUUUUUUUAAUUAAUUAAAUUAAAUUUAAAUUAAUCAAGUGUUUUGUAUUUUGCUUAAUGCAUUUACCGAAAAAGAAUAAAAUACCUGUUUCAAGAAACAAAAAAAGGUUUUCGUUAGAAAGAAAUUUAAUUUUUGAAAUUCGCAAAUAACGCCAUCUUUUGUACUACUUGGUCUUGGUAUUAAUGAAUUCCAUAGCAAAGACGAGCAUGCUACAAAAUGUUUACUAAAAUAAUGUAAUUUGACUAUACUACUUUUUGUAAAAUUAAAAUCCACGUGAUGUAGUUUUUUAUUGAUAACAUUUUACAAAACACUCUUACGCAUGCGGUUAAGGAAAGGUGUAAUUGAAUCAUUUAGCAGCAUUUCAAUUUUUAAAUCUCCCGUUGAUUUUCAAAGUUUGAGUAACUCUACGCAAUUUGUUUAAAAGUUCAUUAGAAUAUGUUUUUUAUUCGCUUUGAAACAGACCUUCAUUAAAGAAAAUAUUUAAUACAUACCAGUGUAAAUAUAGUAGUAUCCACUCCGUCCUGAUUCCCAUUUGAAUUUAGUCCAGAUAUGCAGUCAUUUCACUCAAAAGCAACAGCAAAAGAUGAAGAACAAAAUAAAUAUAAUAAAAACAAAGGUUGUGUAAAAAAUUUAAGUGUUAAUGUUUAUGUCGCUACGUUGUGUUGUUUUUUCUGUGCUUUUGAAACUAAAUAAGUUAAAACAAAUAUUAUUCAAUUUAAUUAAAAUGUUUACCUAAAUACAUAUUUACAUUGUCGUUUGGGAUAGGUUGAUUGAAUUAAAAAAAUGCUAAUUAUCAAACAACUGUUACUGCUUGGUUGAAACUAUUAAAUCUGGCAAAUGUGCAACAAAAAGUUUACGGAAAAUGUAAGCUAUUGAAAUAUAAUUCAGCUGUAAAUUGUAAAACUUAUUUAGACCUAAUAAGUAGUCUUUUUAUUUUUUUCUGCAACAACAAAAUGGGUGAAACCCUUUUUUUAUUAAUUAACUUAAAGUUAAAAUACUUUUUUUGGAUGGGUAAAUAAAUUUUUGAAAUCAUAAUUUCAUUAUUUCAAAUUUUCAAAGCAAAUCUUCGACUUACAUAAACCCAUUUAAUUUUACAAAAACAAAAAAUGUUGAAAGCAAAGUUUGCUAAAGAAACCGUAUUUAACUAAAACUGACUGUUAUUAAUGGAACUCAAAUUUCAAAAUAAUUUAACCAUAUUUACAUAAUCUAUAGAACUUAAAUAUUUCAUAUAAUUUUAUAUAGGUUGAGUUUGUGGCACGUACUUGAGCACUUCUUUGUCUAUCAAAACUUAAGUGCAUUGACAUUGCAGCCAAAAUAAAGUCAGAUUUGAAAGGUGAAAUUUUUUAUAUUUUUAUUUGUUUCAACUGCUAAGUAUAUACUUACUAAAAGUCGGUCCUUCGCUACCGCAACGACACGGAUUUUCAUCCGGCUAAGAACUAUGGCUUGGCAGUAUUUCCUAAAAACUUAUGGCCAAUUUUCAAGGCGAAUUGAGUUCUAUAGGUGGCGUUUUCUCAAAACAGUUACUUUAUGCCAAAGUAGUUACUUUUGACAAGUUUGACGUCAUUACAAAACAAACAAAAAGAGGAGCAAUUACAUGUUUGUGAAAAUUCAGCGAAUUUGUGAGAUUUAACCCUCUGGGUACGCAACUGGGCCUGGCCAGACUUUUCCGACUUUGAACGUGAGUUUAACAUAUUUCUAUUAUAUAUAGCUAACGACUUCAGCUUCCAAGUAGCUUCCUAAAAUUUAAUUUUCUAUCGAUUUAUGGAUACAACCUUUCAAAAAAGAUCUUCGAAUAGGACGAAAAAAGGCCAGCCCCGGGUGCCCAACCGAAGAUUUUAAAAAAGGUAUCCAACGGAGGUUUAAACUAAACAAACUAAUGAAAACGAAGUGCUGCGGGUUAAAUUGUGAAAGCUCAAAUGAAUAUAAUUUUUCCAAAUGCAGUUUUUGGCGGAACACGCCGUGGCAAGAAAGUAUGUGUGUGUGCGUAUAACUUCUUGUGUUUGGUUGUUUCCAUUGCUUUCGCCUACUCUUCCUCUUUACAAUCAAAUAAUUCCCCUUCCUUUUGUUUGUUUAUUCAUGGUCUCUGACGACACGGCGAAUUCGGAAGGCGCAACCUGGUAUUCUCUCAUCCUUGGGCAAUGUUCUAUGCUGUUACAACAACAACUAAGAAAUUUAAUUUAUUGUUUGUUUAUUAGUUGUAUUUAUAUCACACAAAAAUCAUAAAACAAAAGCCCUUGUAGGUUAAAUAAAUUGUAAACAUUUUAUUAUCCUAUACAUGCCUAACUAAGCUUUAUAAAACUGUUAAGUACAAGGUGACGCAAAAUUAAUCACUCUAUCAGAAGAUUCAUAAUUUUUGCAAAUGUCGUACGUCAAUCAAAUUUGACACUUGUAAACGGGACAGCUGCAGUAUACAAACAGACAAACAAUGGAGCGCUAUACUGUUAAAAUGAAAAUUUCUAUCAUUCAUUAUCAUAAAAUAAUUUUUUUUUAUUGAGUAAAAAAAGUAUUCAAAAACAAUAUUGGAUCAUUUAUUUAGCGCUACCAUGAAUUUUUUACACAGCGUAAGAAAAAUUUGUGGUCAUAUCAGCAUAUUCAUCCAAAAAAGUUUUUUUUGUCUUAUGACACUCUUUUAGCAAAUUAUCGAUGCAUCUAUAUUUCUUUGCAAUUCAACUUAAAAAAAUCAUUUAUUUAAGUUAGAAAUUUCUAAGCAUCACACAUUUUUAAUUACCAUUUUGUAUUGGUUUAUUUUAGUUCGUUCGUUAAUUUAUGUAUCAAGCAAGCAAUCAAAAUGUGCAAUGCUAAAACACGAAUAUACAUAUGUGUGUACAAAUACAAAAAAAAAAAAAAAACUUUAAUAUUAACAGCGCGAAAAUAAUUGUAUAUUAAUUAACCAAAUGAAUAUAGUUUUGCCAGAAGCUAUUUGGUUUACCCAAUAUUUUAGGUAUAUCAUAAGAAAAAUUAAAAAAUAAACUUAUCAAACGAAAAUGUAAAUAUUUACGAUGCAAAUGAAAUAUGCAAUUGAAAUUGAUUGAAUUUAGAAACCGAAAAGCGUACGCGGCAUGCGCACCAAUACAUGCGUGAAAAUGUAUAAAUGUUAAGUGAAAUUUGUAUUUUACCGGCUAAAAACUAUGCGAAUGGCUCCAAAUAAAAUACCUACUACAAAAUAAUAUAAAUUAUGUAUUAAAUCAAUCAAAACUGUUAUAAUAAUUCAUAACUUCAUGACGAAAAGGUAUGGAAUGGAAUAUAAAAUGAAUCGUGUAAUAAUAAGAUGUGAAUUAAGAAUAGCGAUUGCUAAAUGAGCAAGUGUAUAUUUGUUAUGUACAUAUAUGUAAGUAUGUACCAACAUAGGAUAUACACCUGCAUAAGUGUAUACAAAAAAGUUCAUUAAUAACAUUUAGAGCGCGUUGUUGUUGUUGUAUCAGCAUGUGCACAUAAGCGGUUGGUUCAUCAUCCUACAUAUCCAGCUUUAUUCAUAGCGCCUUUGGUGCUAGAAAGGUCUUAAAAUCGUAGUCAAUUCUACGUUACCAAGCCCCAAUGGCCAUCACCACAGCAAAAUACACGAACAGCCAACAGUGCCAAAAUCUGUUUUGGACGGAGGAAUAAAAUGUCUUCACUUAUUGCUUUUAUUUGUUAUUUUUCCAAGCUUAUACAUAUAUUUCGAUGAAUUCAUAGAAAUCUAGUUUAACGAAAUUUAUCUGAUUAUGGAGUCAUUACAGCAACCGAUACUUCUGUAUUUAAGUUGAUGUUGUUGUAGCAGCAUAAACAUUCCCCAUAUUUACAUACGGGGAACGCUGCUGGAGUGACAGGCCGGAUAUAAAUCCGGGUCGUUUUCGUUUGCUGAAGUCUUAAGUUUUACAGAAUUUGCAAGGAACUAUUUAAGAAGGCAUACAUAAAUUAAAAAAUCAAAAAAUAUACCUAAGCUAAAUCAUAUUUUGUUCAUAAAUAUAUGUAUUGAAUAAUAUUGUAUAUUAUGUAGCGUUGUGGAUACUCUAAAAGUCAAAUUAUAUCUGAGCUUCAGAUUAUUUCGUGUUUCUUUUAUAUACAUUUUUUUAUUCAUGUAGAUUUUGUGCAUUUAUCUUACAAUGGGCAUAUAUGGAAGUUUGUAUGUCAUUUUGAAGUUGUUGGCGUUACAAAAAGCAAUGCAAACAAAAAAUUAUAAGUAGAAGGGGUGUGUUCGACGCACUAAAUAAUUACAACAUUGCGACCGUCUUUGUUUUUUGAUGGCCUGUUGCUGGUACUCAGCUGAUUAAUUGUCGCAAUAUUGAAAAAAUACAGAAGUUAUUUCGCAUAUUUUGUUUCCGAACGUAUUGCUUAACCCUGACCGGCCAAUAUUGCCAGCCAUGAAAAUAAAAAAAUUUCAUUUUUAAUAUCAAAUCUACCAAGGUCAAAUCUAAAAACUUAUUUACAGUAAAAAAUACCGCCUCCUCAAGUUUGUGCAAUAUAUUAAAUUUAUUCAGAAAGGAGAAAAGAAUUUUAGUAUAAUUACAGGCAUAUUUAUUAAAGUUUAAUUUAUUUUAAUUCAUUGUGUGUUUUUAUUUAAAAAUUAAUUAAAAAUAAUAUUAAAAAAAAAUCUACGUUUAUAGAAAUCAUUUCGAAGCACGAGAAAAAAAUUUAGCAAGCAAUGCAUAGGUGAAUAUUGCACUUGGAGCACGUAAAAUAGGUGCGUCCUUUAUUUCCCGGAUUUUUACACCAAAAUCAACCAACAUUUUCAACGUCAGUCCUGUGUAAAUGCCACUCAGAGAAUAUCUUCAUGUGCAAACCUUGCGACCCUUAGUAAAAUUUAUUGUAUACUUCUUUUAAGCGUUCGGAAAAAAUACUUCGAUUAUUUUUAAAAUUCCAAAUUAAACGAUUUUAAAUGAGCAAAUAUAAUUUUGAUAUUUUCCAUUUUUUUCAAGAAGAAGCUUGUAUAGACGUCUGAACAUCGAUUUUUCAGGCCGGAGCCGAAUCGGAAUAGAACCAAACAUUUUUAAAUAUCAAGGAAACACAUAAUGUCUUUUUAAGAUCCGCUAUUUUUAUUAAUAAAAAGGCAAAAAAGGUACAUUUGUACGCUAUGUACUAAUGCGAAAGCGAUUCCAGGGUGGUCGACGGUCCAAAUACAACAACAACUACGGUCCAAACAAGGGGGAGUUUUUUAGUAUCCGGACAUACCAUUGCUGUAACAGCAGCUUUGAUGAUGCAUUAAGCUGGCCAAAAACAGGGUACAAUUCCCAGCGAUUUGUUGCAGUUGGAAGAAAAUCCGUCGUGUAUGGGAAAGUGCGGGCACAAAUCCCAAGUAAUUGAACAUUUUCAUUUACCUGGGAUUUGUUGCUAGUUUAUUGCGUGGUCUUUAUUAACCGUCGUCGAGAUAAGAGUAAGCGGAAAAAUGACAGGAGUUAAUAAAACAUUUUAUACAACUCUGGAGCACUCAUUUCCAUAUUUCUUAACAACUUAAUAGGAGAACGAUUGCUCCUAUUUUGCAACCAUUCUUUCAUCCAAAUCUGUUUUUUUUUCUUUGUUUCACAUGUUAACAAUAUGACGAUCGCAACGAAAUGAUGGUUUAUGGGAUUUUACCUGCAGCAUAAACACUCUCGAUGGAGGAAAAACAAAAAAACAAAAAAAAAAAAUGGAAAAUGUUCGGCUUUUAUUUUAGCCGAAG